AUGGCUGCAGCUCCUCGAGCACCAGCGAAGGGGUCUGUGCGGAAGACAAGACCUUUAGUUGUAAAAACAUCACUGAACAACCCAUAUACAGUUGCCUGGAGCACUCUUGAGCGGGAAGAUAUGCACUUCAUAUUACAGACACUUGAAGACAGAUUUAAAAGUAUCGGGCUCCAGAAGAUUGAGGAUAAGAGGAGAAAGAAAAAACAGCUGUCUUUCAAAAAACAAAUGAGAGAAAAAUGUGACAUGGAUGUUGGUAUUAAUGAAGAUCUGAAAGAGAGAAAACCAGAUGAUAACCAAAAGGUGUCAGGGUGGACCCCCGUGGACGCCAGGCAGCAGCUUGCCAUUGGCGUUAAUGAAGUGACCAGAGCCCUGGAAAGGAAUGACCUUCUCUUAGUCCUCGUAUGUAAGUCAGUCAAGCCUGCCGUCAUCACCUCACACUUGAUUCAGUUAAGUGUAAGCAGAACUGUGCCUGCUUGCCAGGUUCCCCGUCUCAGUGAAAGAAUUGCACCUGCCAUUGGCUUAAAAUGUGUCCUAGCCUUGGGGUUUAAAAAGAAUGCCACUGACUUUGUUGAUGAAAUAAAAGCUAUAAUUCCCAGGGUACCCAGUUUAAAUGUACCAUGGCUUCCAGAAAGAAUUGAAGACUUGAGGGAAAAUCUAGAAGCCGAAUCUCUGGAAAGGGAAGACAGAGAGAUUAUGGAAACUUCAUUUGAAGACCUCUCUAAAUGUAAGAGGAAGCUAGCUGAGGGCCAGCAAGCUUCUACAGUAGCAUUACAACCCCUGAAAAUAAAGAAACUCAUUCCAAACCCUAAUAAGAUAAGGAAAUUACCUAAAAGUAAAAAAACAGCUUCCAAGUAA